AUGAAGAAAUUUAAUUUUCGCAAAGUUUUGGAUGGUUUAACUGCCGCAUCCCCUGUUGGAAGCAGUGGCGGUGGCAGUGGAAGUGGGGCUGGUGGCUCCGUGCACCCAGGAGGGACUGCGGGAGCUGCAGGGACACCCAGAGAGGAGAUCCAGGAGACGCUCACUUCAGAUUAUUUUCAGAUCUGUAAGACGGUUCGCCAUGGUUUUCCUUACCUACCCACCGCCUUAGCGUUUGACCCAGUUCAGAAAAUUCUGGCCAUUGGAACAAGAACAGGAGCCAUACGAAUAUUGGGCAGGCCUGGUGUUGAUUGCUACUGCCAACAUGAAAGUGGUGCUGCAGUUCUGCAGCUCCAGUUCCUAAUCAAUGAGGGUGCUUUGGUCAGUGCAUGUGCAGAUGAUGCACUUCAUUUGUGGAACCUCCGGCAGAAACGACCAGCUAUUCUACAUUCUCUGAAAUUUAACAGGGAAAGGAUUACUUACUGCCAUCUACCUUUCCAGAGUAAAUGGCUUUAUGUUGGAACAGAGAGAGGAAAUACACACAUUGUAAAUAUUGAGUCCUUCAUUCUUUCUGGAUAUGUUAUCAUGUGGAACAAGGCAAUAGAACUGUCCACCAAGACUCACCCUGGCCCAGUUGUACAUUUAAGUGACAGCCCAAGAGACGAGGGAAAACUGUUGAUAGGCUAUGAAAAUGGGACCAUCGUGUUCUGGGACUUACGAUCUAAAAGAGCCGAUCUGAGAGCUUAUUAUGAUGAGGCUAUUCAUUCUGUUGCUUGGCAUCAUGAAGGGAAGCAGUUUAUGUGUAGUCACUCUGAUGGCAGCUUGACCCUAUGGAAUCUGAAAAGCCCUAACAGACCAUUCCAGACCACAAUUCCACACGGAAAAGUUCAAAGAGAUGGAAAAAAACCUGAAUCUUGUAAACCAAUUCUUAAAGUAGAGUACAAGACCUGUAAAAACAGUGAACCAUUUGUGGUAUUUUCUGGUGGAUUGUCAUAUGAUAAACCUUGUCGAAGACCAAGUUUAACAAUCAUGCAUGGGAAAGCAAUUACAGUUCUUGAAAUGGAUCAUCCUAUAGUUGAUUUUUUAACUCUUUGUGAAACCCCAUAUCCAAAUGAAUUUCAAGAGCCCUAUGCUGUAGUUGUGCUUUUGGAAAAAGAUCUCAUUGUUGUUGACCUGACACAAACCAAUUUUCCAAUCUUUGAAAAUCCAUAUCCUAUUGACAUUCAUGAGUCACCUGUUACCUGCACAGAAUAUUUUGCGGACUGUCCUCCAGAUUUGAUCCCUGUACUCUAUUCUGUAGGAGCAAAACAUAAAAAGCAAGGAUACAGCAAUAAGGAGUGGCCUAUCAGUGGUGGAGCAUGGAACCUUGGAGCUCAGACAUAUCCUGAAAUCAUUAUUACAGGCCAUGCAGAUGGAUCAGUAAAAUUUUGGGAUGCUUCUGCCAUUACUCUACAGAUGUUGUACAAACUAAAAACAUCAAAGGUCUUUGAAAAACAGAAAGUGGGAGAAGGAAAAGCAACAGCUGAGAUUGUGGAAGAAGAUCCUUUUGCUGUUCAGAUGAUGUACUGGUGUCCUGAAAGCCGAAUUUUCUGUGUGGCAGGAGUUUCUGCCUAUGUGAUUGUUUACAGGUUCAGCAAACAUGAAGUAAAUACUGAAAUUGCAUCAUUAGAGGUACGACUUCAGUGCGAAGUAGAAGACAUCAUUACUCCUGAACCAGAAACAAAUCCUCCAUUCCCAGAUGCCUCCUCCCAGCUUCCUUCUUUAAAGAGCCUUUCAGGCAGUACCAACACUGUAGCAUGUGAAGGAACAAUGAAGGACAGUAUCCCAUGUCUUAGCGUUAAGGCUCGACCUGUGCGGAUGCCUCCUGGCUACCAGGCAGAUCUGGUUAUCCAGUUGGUGUGGGUGGAUGGUGAGCCUCCACAACAGAUUACCAGUCUUGCUGUAAACUCUGCUUAUGGACUAGUGGCUUUUGGGAACUGCAAUGGUUUGGCAGUUGUGGAUUUCAUGCAGAAGACAGUCCUGCUGAGCAUGGGCACCCUCGACCUCUAUGGGUCCAGUGAUCCGUACCAGCGGCAGCCCCGCUCACCCCGCAAGAGCAGGCAGUUUGCUGCAGACAACUUUUGCAUGCGUGGCCUGUCUAACUUUUAUCCAGAUUUAACGAAACGGAUCCGUACUUCCUAUCAGAGCCUGACUGAACUCAGUGACAGUCCAGUUUCCCUGGAGCUUGAGCGUUGCAAGUCUCCCACUUCAGUUAAAGGAUCAAGAAAGUUAAGUCUGCCAACAGAUCUUAAGACUGAUCUUGAUCACGUGAAUGGUCACUGUACCAGCCCAACCUCCCAGAGCUGCAGUUCAGGCAAACGCCUUUCCAGUGCAGAUGUGUCGAGAGCAAACCGCCGAGGGCCCGGCAGGCCCCCCUUCAGGAAAGCCCAGUCUGCAGCCUGCAUGGAGAUUUCCCUCCCAGUCACCACAGAAGAAAAUAGGGAAAACUCCUUCAGCCGUUCCCGAAGCUCCAGCGUGUCCAGCAUCGACAGGGACUCCAAGGAGGCAAUCACAGCUUUGUUCUUCAUGGAGUCCUUUGCCCGAAAGAACGACUCCGCUGUUUCCUCCUGCCUCUGGGUUGGGACAGGCCUCGGAAUGGUCAUAAUCCUGUCCCUCAAUCUGCCUGCUAGCGACGACUUACGGCAGUCAGAGCCAGUCAUGGUGUCUCCAAGUGGCACCGUGCUGACCCUGAAGGGAGCCGUGCUGACCUUCGCGUGCUUGGACUGCAUGGGGACACUGACACAUCAGCCCUAUGAAGUAUGGAGGGAUCCACACAGUGCUGAUGACGGUGACAAAGCAAGGAAAAGGAAACUUGUCAUGCAUUCCCCUUCCUCCUCCCAGGAUAUGGGUGAUCAUCAAUUUGCAGUCAUUUGUUCAGAAAAACAAGCCAAAGUCUUCUCAUUGCCUUCCCAAACAUGUCUUUAUGUCCACAACAUCACCGAAACGUCCUUUUUAUUGCGAGCAGAUGUGGUCACCCUCUGUAACAGCGUCUGUCUGGCGUGCUUUUGUGCUAAUGGGCACAUCAUGACACUGAGCUUGCCCAGCCUCCGCCCGCUGCUGGACAUGAACUAUUUGCCUGUCACAGACAUGAGGAUAGCACGGACCUUUUGUUUCACUAACGAAGGGCAGGCUUUGUACCUGAGCUCUCCCACAGAGAUCCAGCGCCUGACCUACAGCCAGGAGAUGUGUGACAACCUGCAGGACAUGCUUGGGGAUUUGUUUACUCCUGUGGAAACACCAGAAGCCCAAAACAGAGGCUUCCUCAAAGGACUUUUUGGAGGAAGCGGACAAGCUUUUGACAGAGAGGAGCUUUUCGGCGAGGCCACAGCAGGAAAAGCCUCCCGCAGCCUGGCCCAGCACAUCCCUGGGUCGGGCGGGAUCGAAGGCGUGCGAGGAGCGGCGGGCGGGGUCAUUGGGGACCUGACCCGAGCGCGCAUUGCCCUGGACGAGAGGGGACAGAAGCUGGGCGAGCUGGAUGAAAGGACUGCCAGCAUGAUGGCCAGCGCAGAGGCCUUUUCCAAACAUGCACACGAGGUGAUGCUCAAAUACAAGGACAAAAAGUGGUACCAGUUUUAGACUUUCAAAGAAGCUGCUUGUGGCUUUAUUAAGAACACUGUUCAGGGAAGCAGCCUUUAUUCCCAGUCACUGGCCAGAGACAGUUUUUUCUCCUAGAAGAUGUUUUCCUGUUACUGUUAUUGGAUUCAUCACAGCGGACGUCAAGGAGAAAUUUUACAGACCGUGGGAUGGAAGCUGGAAUCGAGGGUCUUUCCAACAGCUGACUUAUGGGGGGGCCAAUUUUUUUCCCAAAAGGAACUCAACCAUCACUGUGGCAUGUAGUUUUUCAGGAGCUGUAGGUAUGAACUGUGGGGAGUGCGUCUGGUUCAAAAUAUUCUGUACAAACUCGAAUGUUAAUGCACUUAUAAAACUUUGCAUGACUAAUUGCCAACUUAAAAAAAAAAAAAAGAGAAAAAGGAAGCAUGUUGUGACCGAAGAAAAAUGGGAUUUAUUUCUAUUCUGAGAAAAAAAAAAAAAAGAAAAAAAAGGAAAAACACCUUAAAUGACAAAAAUCUUUAUUUUUUAAAAGUUACAUUAUGAAAAGCCAGGACAUUUCAAGCAUGUUUGCUACUGUUCUCCACAUAAAAAUUAGUUGAGCUGCAUUAUUUUCUUAUCUGCUAUUUAUUUCCCUUGAAAAGCCUUGCUCAAGGCAGUGCUCUUUAACUCCUACCAGAAAAAUAAAUAAAUUUAAAAUCCUAUCCCCAAAAUCUAACAAUUUUGCAGGUAGCUGGACAGGCACUAGCUAACAAGAUCAUUAAGAAAUGUGCAUAGAUGGUUUAUUUGCAAUUCAGAGCACAUGAAACAUCAUCCUAAUCUAUACUUUUUAAAAUGUGCUCUAGAUUCAUCUGUUGUCCUUGAAGGGGGGCCGUGGCCCUUUUCAUCCCCGUGGAGUCUGUAUCACUUGGUUGCCUUAUUUCCCAGUAGAAACAGAAAUAGAAAACCAGCUUUGGAAAGCAUUUCUUCAAGUCAGGAAGGGCAAGAUGGGAACCCACAGUCCCAUCAAGCACUGCUCAGAGGCUGCUUAGCAGCUUGCAGAGCAGCUUCAGUGCUCAGCUGAAAUUAUGAGAGGAGGCCUGCACAGAAACCCCCCCCAAAACCUGUGACAGAAAGAGAGAUUAGAGCAAGAACACUACAGAGUGGGCCAGGGAGGAGCAUGGAAAACCAUUGCCAACAUAUAUAUGGAACACAGAUAUAAAGUGACACCAGGGGUGAGUGGCAAUUUAUACUCUGCUCACACUGCUAAAAGUAAUUUGCUUCUGCUUCAGAGUGGCUUGUUUGGUUUUUGCAGUGAAUGCUGCAGGAAACUCUGCAACCUGCAGCCAUGGAGGAGAACAGUAAGCUGGAUUUAUUGCCUAUCCUGCUGGAGUGCUCCACCCUAUCCUACAAGACUCACUGCCACACAGGUCAACUCUUAGGUUAGAAAUUUUUCCAAGACUGGCUUGGAAACAAGGCAGUGAAGGCUUGUUUUCAUGUGUCUGGACAUAAUUUCAAAUUAGAAAAAAGAAAGUGAGGAAAAGCUGGAAAAACAGCCUUUAAAUUUUUUUUUUUUUUUGAAGAAAUGUAACAUCUGUCUCUUCAAGGAAUCCUGUUGGACACUGAUGGAGACAGGCACCAUCCCACUCCCACCUAGACCUUAAUUUCACUGGUGUUUGUAUCAUCACAGUGUUCAGAUGAUCCCUCUCAAAGACAUCUUUUCCUUCUUCUUCCUUUACCUACAAUAAAAUACAGCCCAGGAAGCUGGACCAUCCACAAGUCUGGCCUCACAACUGGCCCACUGCACAAGUUAAAGGGGUGGAAGAGAUUUGAGGUGUUAAGUUUUAAAUUCCCAUUGUAGCAGAACAGAAUUUCAUGAUUUACAGGAUUUUUACAUUUUGCUGUAGCCAAAACCAAAAUGAUGGCCCUGACAAGUCUAACUCAACUGGGAAUGAGACUCCACGAGUUUCCCUGGCACAGGAGAAACUGCUCCAUGUUGUCAGAAGUGUAGAAACUUGCAGGGAAAAAGGACAAAGCCUGAGCAAUGCCUGGGCUUCUGGUGAGAGCUCAGGAAUUGGAAUUGUCCAUGACCCAAGAGGAUUUCUCUGUGUGUAAGGAUGAGCCAAACUUGCCAAUCUGAUGCCAGUAGGAACUGGGUUGGGGAGUUCCUUCCAGGGGCUGGGUCACAGAAGUAACCACUUGUGCCUGUGAGGAAGCACUGCUCCAAGCAGGCAUUGAGAAUGAGAAAUAAAGGAGAACAUUGCAGGAAUUUGAUCUUCAGUCCAAACCUGCAUUCACUGGGCCCGUGCUCUGGCCAGGAAUCCAAACCCACUGUCUCUGGGCAACAAAAUCAUUUGGGGCAGCAUUCAAAAUGUCCAGCAGCCGGCUUAUUUUCCAUUCUGCCCUGCUGUGUGGCAGUCAGAAGCAGCUCCAGAGGCUGAUUGGAAUCAUGGGAUCCUUGAAGAAAAUUUAAGAGCAACUUCUGACUGCUGAUCACUGCAGCUCACCCAGAGAGAAAAGUGUCCUCAACAAGUCUUUACACAAGGUCCAACUGUCUCUGGCUGCCAACAGACUUUAACACCAGGGUGAAAAAAAACCUGCCAGUAGAUUUCCAUUUGCAUUUUUAUGCAACAGAGAAAUGAGAAUUUAGCAGCCCUCAAACUUAGAAUUUUUAAUGCUAAACUUUUAAGCAACUUUUCUUUAGUACUCUCCAUCAGGUCACAGCUUUCCACUCUUACAUAUUUUACAUAUUUCCAGACAGUUACCAAUUACAAUUUCUGUUAAGUUCACCACUUGUGACUAUAAUUAUCAAUUUUCUUGUAGUCUGUAGAGAUCUAAAAAGUUGUAUAUGUUUGUAUAUAGAACAUUCUAUAUAUAUAAUAUAUAUAUGUAAUGUAUAUGUUGUAUAAGUUUGUUAGUGCACACUGUUAAAUGCUUUCUAUCAAGAUUUACCAUGUAUGUGGAAAAAACCCAUCACUUAAAAAGUUCAAUGAGGGAGGAAAAACUCUUGCCUGGGUGAUUUAUUGUGAAAUGAGGGGGAGUGUGGGAUUUCUGCCAGGCUCGCCCUGCACGCUGCUCAAGGCUGUCAGUGACAGGCACAAAGGAGCUGCAGCAUUCCCAGCGAGAAGCACAGCAUCUGACUGCAGGACUGGGACUGGCUGGAGGAAAAUCAAGGACAUUGGCUGUCACUGGAUGUUGAAAUCUUUCUGUGCUUUCACCUUUCCCACUCAGACAGCAGCACCUCAAGCUAAAUCCCAAGCUUAGAUGUCUCUUCAGCCUCGCAAUCCUCAGCUACACCGGGCCAGAUUGGCUGGAAGUGUUAGUUCAGUUUAAAAUGCUGUUUGUUCAUUUAGAUACUUUGUUCUCUCAUGUUCUUCUCUCCAGGAGCUCUGUCACAAUCAGAUCCAAAACCAGUUACACAGAACUUCCAACAGCACACACACCUUUGGGUUUGACCAGAUGUUUGUAAUCUUAUGUCUAGUGCUGUAGAUAGACAGAAAAAAUGCAUUAAAUUAGAUUAUUUAUAAGUCUGCAGAGUUGGCAAGUCUUCAAUGAAGUACAAGCUACUUUAUUUAUUAAUAAAAAAAUUAAAUCUAUUCCUAGAGCUUUAACUUCAGUUGCAAACCUUGAAUUAAAAGACAUGACAAUUGAAA